ACCAUAGAAGACUGAAAUCUUGAAAAGUACACAUCUAAAAGGAAACUAUCAAAUGAAAGCAGUGACAAUGGUAUGAGCAAAACACUGUUAACGGAAAGUGAUAUUGAGAAUGAUAGUGUCCAUAAGAAGACAGGAGAAGAAACAGAUUCGGACCAUCAAUUUGAUAUAGAUUUCUUAUUGGAGGGUUGUAUUGAUGACAUAUCUUUUCAACAAGAUAAAAGUACAUCUGAACUCUUAAAAGAUGAAAGCAGUUUGGGAAGUAUAGAAGAUGAAAUAAUGGACAUCAAUCUUCCUGUAUCAAGUGAUAAUGAUGAAGUGGAUAAUGGACUUGAGAUAUUUUUAACCGAUUUCAUUAAUUAUGAAUCUGGCAAGAGAUCGAGAAUUGAAAAAGAAUUACUUCUGGAUUGUUCAUGAUCCAUUAUUUCUUUUGCAUAUCAAUGAACAAACAUGGUUAUGGUGACAAUAAAUAUGACUAGUAGUAAAAGGGAAA